AUGUCGGACAACGAAGACCUUUUGGGCGAUGAUCUUGGUGAUCAUAGCCUCGCAGACUAUAAUCUUGGCAAUGAUGAAGAGGAACAGCUAUUGGCUGAUGAUUAUGAAGGAAAUUCACACAACGUUCCAUCUGGCGUCACCUAUCGUGAACAAACCAAUGUUGUACCAACAGAUUAUAAUGAAGGGAAUGUGGAGCCAGUACCAUACAUUGCCCCAGAAACUGAAUGUGUGGUACCAAACCUAACAGUGGAAAUUCCUAACACAAGGCCAGAACAUUGUACAUAUGCUCCGUAUGAACCUGAGCAUGCAGUUCCACCAGCAAUUCCCGCAGCACCUAUUGAAUCUCCACAAAUUGUGCCAUCAGAAAUGCCACCUACUCCAACAGAUAUGGACCGCAACAGGGAAAGAUUUAUAUCAGAAAGACCAGCUGGCGCUCAGCGGAUGCCGCAAGUUAGAGUUAUACCAGAUUCACUAGAUAAUGUGUGUGUGCCCCGAGGAUCCUUUCCCCGUGGGCGUAGUUCUUGGCGCGCUCCCCAUUACAGACAUAACCAUCCAUAUCGAAGAAAUAACAUGCACUUUAGGGGCAACUUUAACCCGCGCCCGUCAUUCCCGCCACCACAACGGGCGAGCCCUCCCCAAAAUCGCCCUGAUAUCCCGGAACACCGCCCGGAUAUGCUCCAACGUUCCCCAGAACAAUCCAUUAUCCCCGAACCUCGGGAACUGUUCCAAAACUUUCAGAGAUUCCCAUUUCGACCUAACUUAGAUGAAAGACCUAGUUUCAUACCGAAUCAACCUUUUGAGCGGCCUAUGUUCCGUCCGUUUGGGCACAGAGAAGUAAUACCCCAUAACAAUGUUCCCCAAGUGACUAUACAUCAGCCGCCACCUGUAUUGCCAGUUGCUAAAGGACUAGAGCCUGAAGUGAGAAUGUUGCCAGUUUUGCCUCCAAAUUUGCCGGGAGGGUUAACGGGCAAGAAAGUGCUGAUUAAUCCGCAUUUUAAAGGAAACUUCCAGCCCCCUGUGGAAGGGUUGCCAGCAUAUAUACCUACGCGCAUACAAAAGUCGCCACCACCACUCAGCCCCACACUGGAACACAAAUUCGGGCCCAUAAAGGACAUAGACGAUGCUGCAGAAAGGUUUAUAGCUGAACAAAGAAGUGCGCUUGCGCGGGCGGCUAGCAGGAACAUAGCCAGACGUUCUCCACAGCGAUUUAUAGAAAACACAACAAUAGAGAUAGAGAAUGAGUUUGCCCGCUCGAGGCGCAGCGACGAUGAACUGCUGCGAAAGCAAGAGGAGUUUAUACACGCGAAUAGAGCUGGUCUUAGGAGACGUAUGCGCACACCAUCGCCACCUCGCCGUUCGCGUUCACCAACUCCACCACCACGUGAUGCAAGAGACCUUCGAGACAACAGAGACCCAAGAGACAUUCGCGAUAGAGACAGACGAGAUGAACGAAGACCCAGGCCACCUCCCGAUGACGAAGAAAUGGAAUACAGACGUAAAGUUCGUGAACAAGAAACAAUGAGAGAACGAGUGUUAAGAGCAAAAGAAGUAAGAAGGCGAAAGAACGCGGUUGCACUUCAGAAGCAAUUACAAGAAAGAGAACGUGAUAAACCAAAAGAAGAAAUGAAGGUGGAUAUCAAAGAGAAACCAACUAGCACACGCGAAGAAGAGAUUAAACCAGACACCACGAAAACAUCUCCUGAGCGGGAAGAGGAGAUGGUGAGAGAAGAACCGGAAAGAGAUAGUAAGAAAGAGGAUGCGUCGCCGUUGAGAGAUGAAGUGGAAGUUAACUCUACUUGUGAAGCAUUGACACCCCCUCGCGAAACACAACCGACUACUCUUACGCCAGAGCGCAGCGACACCCCCCCUCUGCCGCCCCGGAACGAAAGCGACGAUGACCUAGAUCUCAUAUUAGGAGAUAUAGAUGGUAUUCUAUCUGACGAAGACGAUUCCGGUCGCUUCAAAGACAAGGAGAAGACGGUGAAGGUGGAGUCCUCUAAACCUUCAGUAGAUCUCCGCAGCAAGUUACCACCGAAGACAAUUGACAAAAAGCCACCUAACACUGCCACUACACGGCAGAAAAUCACAUUUUCUGCCACGGAAAACAAAAAGAAAGAAAAAUCUCCAAUACGCCGUACUAUAGUGACAAGUUCAACAAAACCUGUUGAAAGCGUGGAAAGAAAGCCUGAAAAGAUAAAACCCCAGACGGAUAGUUCACCUGUAAAAUCGAGACAGCGGAUCAUUUUCGAUUCUAAAAAGGCAGAAAAAACCGAGGAGGAUACUUCCCAAAGAUUCAUCAGCCGUCGCGUCAUACUCCAAAGGAAAGUGGCUGAAAAGGAAAAAUCGGUAUUUUCCCGGAUGGAAGCGACCGACCCCACCAAACCAAACCCCGGGAUUUUCAACCGGGCGUUUAAAACCGCCAUAGGCUCCGAAAUGGAAAGCAAACGGAGCAAAGAUAUUCGAGAGGUCCCAAGAAAAAUAGUGAAAUGUGACGAUGGCUCCAGGAAAAUCGUAAAGAACGAUGACGAACCGCAAAUUGAGUACGAGAGCGGCUCAGAAGAUGAGAACGUCUCGAGGGAAGUGGGUUUGAUGGCGGACGUGAGUAAUUUACCCCACGGAAUGACCGACACAAGGCUGAAGACGCUAGCCGGAAACUUGGUGCAGAGCUUAAUAUUGGAUAAGGAGGCGCGAACCGCAAAAAUUACAUUCAAAACGACAAUCGCAGCGGAGAGUUUCAAGAAGAAAUUCAAUAACAAGAUGGUUGCUGCUAGCCGGCUUACUGUUACUUUGCAAUAA